AUGUAUGUCGAAUACUUCUUGUCUUCGUGGAUAUUACAACUUUGCUUUAUCCAUAGCACACAUUUUCGUGGUGGAACAAUUACAUGGCGACCUUUGAAUGCAACUCCGUCUGGUGGUUCAGCUUCUUUUCUAGUUCGAGAACGAUAUUCAUGGAAUCGUAAUACAUACUAUUGUGAUGGUACAACUAUUGCCAAUAACGGUCUAAUAAGUGGUGGCAACAAUGUUGCUUGCACAGCAGGUCCCUGCACCGGUUGGUCUAACAUGCUGACAUCCACGUAUUGCACGGAUUUCAGUGCUGCUCUUACUGUUAGUUCGGGUGAAAGAACUCAAGUGUAUACAUUCCCACUGAAUAUUUCAUUCACGAUUUAUUUUUAUGGCACUAAUUGGUUUGAUGGCCUUGAAGUAGGUAACAGUACAAGUUGGUAUGUGUCGAAUCGUAUCAUUACAAAUGUCAGACCAGAUGGUUAUCUUAAUACCAGCCCUAUUGGUGUCACAAUUCCUAUCAUCUACAAGCCAAUCAACAUACAACAGGUGCAUGUUGUUCAAAUGGCUGACUUCGAUCCAACUGAUAUCUUAAGAUGUCGAUGGUCCACUAAUAUAUCUGCCAAUAAUACAUGUCAAUAUAAUGAAUGUGGAGGAAUCUGUAGCGGUGUUCCUGGUGCUGUACUUCUUCAGAACAACUGUACUAUCGUAUUUACACUAACACAUGCUAAACUAUACGCAGGGGUGGCACUACAAAUUGAAGAUUUCUUCAACAAUGCAACAUUGGUAGCUAAUACACCAAUGAGUUCUGUUCCACUUCAGUUUCUCUUCUAUGGCUAUUCUGUAACAGGUAAUUGUACAAAACCGCCACAAAUCAUUGAUUCUACCAGUGGUACGAACGAACCUGGGACGGCCGUUACCGAUUCGUCUGAAUCAACAGGCUCCACCAAUGCCACGAACGAAUCCAGCACACCUGAUUCUAGCAAUAGUACGACAGAAUCGACCACACCAGAUUCGAUCAGUGCUAUAAUUGACUCGAGCACGGCCGUAAUGGAUUCGUCUGGAUCAACAGACUCUACCAAUGCGACGACAGAAUCGACCACACUAGAUUCUACCAGUGCUAUAAUUGACUCUAGCACCAGUACGACAGAAUCGGCCACACCAGAUUCUACCAGUGGUACGAACGAAUCUGGGACGGCCGUUACCGAUUCGUCUGUAUCGACAGAAUCUACCAAUGCGACGAAAGAAUCCAGCACACCUGAUUCUAGCACCAGUACGACACAAUCGAGCGCACCAGAGUCUACCAGUGCCACGACUGAUUCCAGCACACCGGAUUUUUCCAAUGCUACAAUUGAGUCGAGCACGAGCGUAACCGAUUUGUCGAGAUCAACAGACUUCACCAAUACUACGAAGGAAUCCGGCACACCAGACUCUAGUACUACUACGACACAAUCCGGCACAUCUGAUUCUGCUAAUGCUACAAUUGACUCGGGAACGACCAUGGCUGAUUCGCCUGUAUCAACAAGCUCGAGUGGUGCUACGAAAGAAUCGUCCAUACCAGAUGCUACUGAUGAUAGAAUUGAGUCGAGCACGACUACUAUCGGUUCAUCUGUAUCAGCAAACUCUGCUGCUACGACGAGUGAAGGGACCAUGAUGAAUAUUACGAAGGAAUUUAGCAGAACAGCAGAGUCUACUGUAGGAGCUGAUAAAUCUACUGGGGUGACUGGAAUGUUGACUACUGCUGUUGGCGAAACCAGUGGGGGGAUAACUGGAAUGGAUUUUGUGACAAUUACAUCUAGUACAUUAAGCGCCACGUUUGGAGGUAACACGAGUGUAGGCGGGGAAAAUAGUAGUUAUCAUGAGCACGCUAAUAAUGGGAGCGAUACAGGUAAAAGUAUUACGGCAACAACUGCAAUGGUGUCUGCGAGUACAGGUAGUCUGCAAACCACUAGCAUUACGUAUCAUACUACAACUACUGGAAUGGCGGUCACUAGUGGAAAUGGUCAGUCGACGACUACUAGCACGACGCAACGAAGUACUACAACCACGGCAGGUUAG